CUUCAACAGCAUAAUAGCAUUUAAUAGCAUAUGAAUACAAUACACUCAUAACAUUUCAAAUAAUUGAUACAUUUUAUUCUGUUAGGUUAGUGUACACAUAGGCUGUUAGUGAUAAAAAUGUCUUAUCAUUUCAAAUAAUUACCCGGCACCCAAGAUUUAUAGAUAAUAUUAUCUAUAAACCUUUCCCUGCACCCACCACGGUGAUAAAUAAUAAUUAUUAUCUAUAAUAUCUGUGAUAUCAGUGUAAUAUACUGCCAAAUAUCAAUCAUAUUAUUAUUAUUUAACUCCUAAGGAUAUACCUAUUUUUGUUAAUUUAUUUUAUUUUAAUUGUAAUGUAGAUUCUAUUAUUGUUAAUUGAUUAAUUAUUUAAUAUUUUGUCUUAUCCUCGUCCGUGAGUUUUUUAUUUAAUUAAUUUAAUUUCUAUUUGUUAUAAAACAUGUCAUAUGUUUAAUUAAUCUUGUUUGGUUUCAUUGUUUAUUAUUCAAUUUAUGGUACACCCCAAAAAAUUAUAUUGUUUUAUUAUACAGUGAUAGAAAUUUCAAAAAUGUUGUCUACAAAUUUGUUUAAUAAUCUCGAUCUAGCCAAAAAACGUGAACAACAAAUUGAUACAUUAAAAGUUUUUAAUGAAAAGUAAGUAAAUGUGCUAAUUUUUUAUUACAUACAAGUCUGCAAUACAUUUAUUUUACAUCAGUGUUACAGAAAUUAUUUUUGAUGAAGAAUACAAUGUCGAAUUCCCCACAAAAGUAGGCAGUUUAAAAUUGAUUGUACAUUUGGGUCCAAAAUUUCCUUUAGAAAAACCCACAAUAACCGUGUCUCCUCGAAUUAUUCACAAAUGGGUAGACGCAGCUGGUUUAAUAGUGUUAGCUCCUGGUUUAACUAAUGUAAGAAUAUUAAAUGAGUAAAAUUUAAAUGUAAAGUAAUUUGCUUUAUCAUUUUUCAGUAUACUAUUCAUUCUGAUUUAGGAAGAGUAGUUCAGGUAAUAAGGAGAGAAUUUGAACUUGAUCAUUCACUCAUAUUAGUGGACAGUUCAGAUAGGUAAUUUAGUAAGUACUAUUAAAUUUACUUAAUUUUACUCACAAAUAUCCUAAAGUUUUUCAGGAAAUGUUGCAACCAGUUCCAUCAAUAAUGUAAUUACAUCUCUCAGUAAUGUAUGUUGACAAAUGUUUUAUUAAUUUGGAUAAUUUUAACAUUAUUUUUUUCUUUAGGAUAUAGAAUUGUUUAGUCUUGCAAAACUAACAACUGCUGAAUUACUACGCUUAAAUAACAAUGUCGAUUGCCUAGAUGAAUUCAUUUCAGAAUUACCGUCAAUAGAAGCAUCUAAUAAAUCUAUUGAAAAUACUAUUACAAAAAUCAUGGAUUUAGCUAGUAAAAAAAUUUGUUGUAUAAAUAGCUUGGCCUUGAAAAUAUUAACAAUUUACUAUUUUUAGAUUCAAAUAUGUCUAAAGAAGAACCAAUAAAUAAUUUAAGAUUAGAAAUAUCAAAACAAUUAGAAACAAUAGAAUCAUACCAAAAAUCCUAUGCUGAUUUAUCAACAAUGUAUGUACAGUUAUCAGAAAAAUAUUCUCCACAAUCAAUUUCGGUAAUAUAUGUGUAUAUAUUUUUAAGAUAAUAACUAUAUACUUUGCCUACAAGUUAUUUCUAUAAUAAUUAUUUUCAGAAAAAUUUAAAAGAAUCGGCAUUGAAAAGUGAUGAGGAAAGUGAACGAAUAGCAGAACAAUUUUUAGCUGGUGAGAUGGAUUGUGAUAAGUUCUUACAAGUGUAUAUUAAAUCCAGAACUGUGAGUUUUAAAAUUGUUUAGUUUUCUAUACAUUUUCAAUAAAUGAUGAAUUGUUUCAGAUGUCCUAUACAAGAAAAUCAAAAGAAGAAAGACUUAACUAUCAAUUAAAACAGUUAAAAAAAGCUGGUUUUUAAAUUCCUCUAUUCCUACAUAGAAUAUUGUUAUCGCUCUUUUGUACAUUUAAUGUAAUAUUAAGACUUAAGGUGAAUUGGUUAAUCCUAUUUUGUUAAUACCAUUCCGUGUUAUGUUGAAGCCAUUUAAAUAUUCAAUAAUUAUAAUAUUGUAUUAUGCUCUUUUUAGACUUUUGUGCUAUUGAUUUUAGAUUCUGAGUCUAGCAAAGAAUGCAUUGGUUUUACAAUGUUUUUUUAUGUAAACCCUUUUUCUACCAGAAAGCUUACUCUGAUUAGCAAAUAAUGUUAGCAUUGGCAACUGUUUUUAUUUAUUUUUUGUUAUUAUUAAGUUUUUAUUAUUUUAAUCUUCUUUUAAACAAUUAUUGUUGUCAUGGAAACGUACAUUAUUUUAAUCAUUUUACCAUAAUAUGACAUAUAUAUUGUUGUUGACAAAGCAACACUAUCAACUUAAUUCCGCACAGAAUUAUUUUUUAGUUAUUGAUGAUUUAUCAUUGGUUACAGAUAUACAUUAAUUUCUCAUUUAUAUCCUACAUUCCCAACUUCCCACAUACAGCAGUGGCUGCAUUGCUGCACCCACGUGCGAAGUAUUUGUAUCCUUUUUUUUUAAACUUUUAAUUAUUUUUUAUUUUAAUAAAAUAAUAAAAUAUAAAAAGUUCAAUAAAGUUUUCUAAUGUUCAAAUAAAAAUGUAUUCAAAUUCUCUACACAAUACAUUGUAUACAUUGAUUUAUUUUAAAUAAAUAUUUUAUUUACUGAUUUUUCAUUUCAGCUCACCCAGUAUGAUAAUAAUAUUAUCAUUUAAACUACUAUACAAUUUAUUUAACGUUUUUUACCCUAAUUAAUUUGGAUGAUCAAAAUCAAAAUGUUGCAAAUAGUUUAAAAAAGAAAUAGUGCCUCAAGGUGAGGCAUAAUUAUUUUUGACUGGAAGUUAAAUCUUGUAAAUCAAAAUGUUUGAAUUUUAUUAAUCAUUUAAUUCUCUGAAUAUCCAAAUGAAAAAACAUCAAUUAAUUACACAAUUUAA